AUGUUGCUUCUUACAAAUGAAUUGAACAAAGCUUUACAAAAGAAAGAUCGAGAAAUAGUCAAUGUGAGGUUGCUUGAACUUACAAAGAUAAGAUUGCAAACUAUGAGAGAAAGUGAAUUGGAGUCUUUGAUGAAUGAAGUUUACUCGUUUUGUGGUAAACAUGAUAUUAUGAUUCCCGAAAUGGAUGAAGACUAUCCAAGAUCGAAACGAAAGAGGUCCGGAGUUUCAUAUUCACAUCACUUUAGUGUGGGGGUAUUUUAUGCAGUUAUUGAUUUGCAACUUCAUAAGCUAAAUAGUCAUUUUGAUGUAGUGACUAGUGACUUACUCCUUGGUAUGGCUUGUUUGAAUCUAGUUGAUUCAUUUGCUAAUCUUGAAAAAGACAGAAUAAAGAAGUUGGCCGAGUAUUAUCCAAGUGAGUUUGAUGACAACAAGUUUCGAGAUCUGAGCUUUCAGCUUUGA